UAUCUAACAAAAGGCUUCUGGAAACCAUCUAGCACAGGCACAAUACACUCGUUCUUCCCUUGAUGCCUCCCAAAUCCGACAAGCCUCUCUAUCUCCCAGCUCAACCAGAAUCAUGGCCGAAAUUCUCCGAACUCGGUAUAAAAUCGCAAUCCAAGCGAUUCAAUUACUCUUAGUUCUGACGGUUCUCGUUAUAUCGGUCGUCAGGAUGCUUAAUCGACCAGCGGGUGCGCCGGGAAGCCCGGGGGGUACAAUGAGUCUAGGAAUGAGUGCAAAAUCUCUAGUAAUCUUGCUCUAUGAGAUUUUGACGGAACAUGUCCGGUCAUUGAAAAGAUUCCAGAGUCUCAAAGCUUAUACAAUUCUGAACGCCUUGGAGAUUGUCUUCUGGGGCUCUGUUGUGUAUUUGACAAUCCAGUCCAACACUAAAUAUUGUGUUGGCACUCGUUGCGUCCUUGGCUGGGUUAUAGUGGGACUCGCAAUUACCCUCAGCAUUCUGGCAUUCUGUAUGGCUCUAGUCUGCUUUGGAAAUUUCCGGAACCUUCGCGAGCAACAAGAGCAGGAGGAGUACCAAGCCGCCAUGAAGGCAAAAGCCAAAGAAGCUGCUCUCGGGCCCUCACAAGGAACAGAGCAAUUGUUCGAACGGGAUGGAACCCAUGGGAGCCACGGAAGACAUGGAAGAGAGAGAGUGGAACCAGUGGCUCCACGGCGUUCAAGCCGUGGAUACCAUUCAUUCCAAGGACACCAGACACCCUCUGGCAACGCUCAUCACUACGGAAAGAUGCACCCAACUCGAGGAAGACUCUCGACUUAUGAGAUGUAUUCUUCACAUGGAAACAACUCUGCCAACAUUCUGCCCUCAACGAAUAGUCGGCAUUCCUUCCCUAGCCAACAAUCAACUUAU